AAAAGCAUGAAAGAAAAUAGUAAUAAGGAAAAAAUAAACUGGCAACAGUGGCAUCCUUGGUCUACCUGCUAUUAUUUCAAAUCAAAUUUGACUUUGUGAUAAAUGAUAAGUGAUGACUCGCAAGUAGAUAAUAUACAAACACGGAACAACCAGUUGAUUUUUGAUUUCAAUUACAGUUGCUUUGUGACUGUGGCUGUGAUUGUAUCAAACUUCACUUCGCUCAGUUAAGAAGUGACAUAACAAGCAGAUGAUCUAAAGUUGGGUUAAGUGUAAGUUUUAAGUGUCAAAACAACAAAUAUAGAGGAAAUAAAUAAGAAAAGUGAAUGAAUUUUAAUCUUUAAUCGAUUGACUAUACGGGUAGAUAUUCUAUUAAGGGAAUAUAAUAGAGGGUGAAUCACGAGCAGCUUAUUGAGCUUGAGGCAAAUCAGUAUUAACAAUGGAAGGCCAAACGAACAAUCCAAGGCAAGAACAAGAAAAUGAAAUAGAUAGGCCUAAAGGAUGUUUGAAUUUCUUUUUCCAUCCCCUGGGUACGGGUCACCGUUUUGUGGCAUUAUUUUUUAUGUGCUUUUUAAGUUUCGGUUCCUAUUUUUGCUAUGAUAAUCCCGCGGCUUUGCAGAAUCAAAUGAAGACUAAUCUAAAUUUGACCGAAUUACAAUAUACUUCUUUGUAUUCUGUAUAUUCUUGGCCAAACGUAGUUUUAAAUAUAGUAGGAGGAUUUUUAAUAGAUAGGGUUUUCGGUAUUAGAUUAGGAUCAAAUAUUUACGUCGGACUGGCCUUAUUGGGACAAAUAAUUUUCGCGACUUCUGUCCUCUUCAACCAAUAUUGGCUCAUGUUGGUAGCCAGAUUUAUUUUCGGUAUCGGUGCAGAAUCAUUGACAGUAGCACAAAACAACUAUGCAGUACUGUGGUUCAAAGGCAAGGAACUCAACAUGGUGUUCGGUUUGCAACUCAGCUUCGCUAGAGUCGGGAGUACCGUAAAUUUCUUAGUAAUGGAAAGUUUGUACAACAGAGUAACGAAGGGUCUUCCCUCGGAGAGCGGACAGUACAUUCUGGGUGUCGUCUUGUUCAUAGCCGCUACGACGUGUCUUAUUUCGUGGAUAUGCUCCAUUAUAUUAGGGAUAUUCGACAAGAGAGUGGAAACUAUCGUGGGACGAAGCAACAACGUCCAAGGGGAAACUGUUAAAUUGACGGACGUGAAGAAUUUCAAGUUAACUUUCUGGCUCGUUUGUCUCAUUUGCGUUACCUUCUAUUGCGCCAUUUUCCCCUUCAUUACUAUAGCAAAGGAUUUCUUUCAAAAACGAUUUAAUGUCACUUCACAAGAAGCUAACGAUUUGACCAGUAUUGUUUAUGUCAUUUCCGGCGUUUCGUCGCCGAUUUUGGGAUUAUUUAUUGACAAAGUGGGAAUGAAUAUCUUCUGGAUAAUGGUGGGAACUACAGGAACCAUUGUGGCCCACGUUUUGUUGGGUUUCUUCACGACGCUCCCUCCGAUUCUUCCUAUUAUCAUAAUGGGCGUUGCUUAUUCGAUCCUGGCUAGUAGUUUAUGGCCUUUGGUUUCACUGAUUAUUCCUGAUUAUCAAUUGGGUACAGCUUAUGGAGUCGCUGGAUCCGUUCAGAAUUUAGGUUUAGCCCUAUUUUCUAUAUUUACUGGUUUAAUUGUUGAUCAUUUAGGCUAUGUUGCCAUUGAGAUUUUCUUUAUAUGUUCCUUAAUAGUGGCGUUGAUAUCGACGAUCUUUUUGUGGAUACUAGACCGCAGUGGUGACAAAUCAUUGAAUAUGACUGCUGGUGGAAGAAGCAGAUUACAAUUAUUACCUAGUGACCGAGAUGUCCUUAUUAACGCAGAAGCCGCGCCCUCUUCUUCGGAUUUGGAACCAAACACUGAUUUUCAAAUUCGCAAUAGGUAUUUAUCCAGAAUUGGUGCCCCUCUCCCCUCAGCUUAUGACGUAGACACAAAGAUAAUAUUCUAAUUACCCGAUGAAUUUGUAAGUAAAACUCGAAAUUAUCAUCACUUAUCUGAUUGUAUUCAAAUCAAUUUCACUCGAUUAUCUAGGUAAAUUCAACAUUAAUAAGUAGGUUAAUAAGGUUAAAUAAUGUAAAUACAAAAUCAUGCUCAUAUUAUUCAAUCCAUAGCGUAAUGUGAAGAAUGUUUGUGCACUUCAGUAAUAUGAUCUCGGUAUAAAGGCAUCGUUUUAAAUUUGAUAUAAAAAAUAAUUUCUUAACGGGAUAUAUAUUCAUCAUCACCACAGGUGAUUGUGAAAGUAAUAAGAAAUUUUUGCAAAACUCCUCAAUUCCUAUUGUGUAAUUCUACCGUUAAGAAGUUGCAAAGUAGUAAUUGUGGUUGAGAAAGUGAUUCCUCAGCACCAUUUAAUAGAAUCUCAGAAAUGCAUUCACAUCGUGUAAGAUUAAAAACAGUGAAAAUCAAAAGAAUUUUGACUAGAUGUAUAGAUAACUGAUUUAGUGAUAAGAUGAAUUUACUCAUGUACAUUUUUAUAAGAAACCGAAGCAAUUCUAUUAUUUUUUUUUAUAUUUUUGUUUUAUGAAAAUUUUAUUAAAUGAGAUUAGCAUACAUAUUAUAGUUUUUGCUGUGAUCCAUUUCCAUCGUUUAUUGUAAAUCUAUUUAUUUAGAGGUGAUACUAGAAUUAAGGGAAUAAAAAUUGUAUUUUUAAACAAAAUUCAAAUAUUGUGUUACCUUAUUUUCUUCAUAUUUUUAAUAAACUGAUUAUGUAUAAUUUUUAAGCAAUUGAAUAUUUAUUUUUGAAUUUUUUGAUUGUAGAAAAUGGUAAUAAAAUACAUAAAACCUUUUAA